AUGCGUCUUCUUGGCUUCAUUAUUUUUAUUCUUUUAAUGGUAAUAUCAAUUGCUGAAAUUCUGAAAUGCAACGAUAUAACAACACGAAGAGCAAUUGAGAAACGCGGACGACAAAUUAAUUUAAAAUGUCUUGAAAAUAAGGAGCAGUUGGAGAAGUGUAAAAACCAUACAGCUGUCGAUAUUGCCUGGAAGAAUUUUGAACAAAUUAAUGAAAAUUACUUUACGGCAUUGGAUUCUUGUAAGGAAGGAAGACGUAAAAAGCGACAAUGCGCAUGUAGCAGCAGUUCAUCAAACAUACAUCAUGAUGAUCCUAACUUAAAUCAUGAUUUUAAAUAUUCUAAGAAAUUAGAAAAUCGAGUAAGACGAAAUGUACAUGGUAGUAGUGAUAAUAAACAUGAUCAGGAAGUUGACAAUGAUUACUCCAAGGAUUUCAUGCGAUUUAAAAGAAAUGAUUGUUUGAAAGAUAGUAGACGAGAAAAAACUCGUUUGCUUGAAAAAUUCGCAAGAUCAUGUAAACCUGAUACCCUAUACGAUCGAGAUAAGAUAAGUAAGACCUGCAAAGAUAAUUUGAGCAAAUUAUCGAAAGAAAGACACAAAGCUUAUAGCAAUUAUGUGACAUCUUUCCGAGUUUGCUAUGGUUCUAUCAAUUAA